AUGAAUGUUCGAUGUCGAAAACAAUUGCUGCGGAUUGUGCUGGAAAUCCAAGAGCUUCGAUCAAGGUUUGGCGUUAUGGAAAGCGACAGAAGCGCAACAAAAGUACUUACUCCUACACCUACACCUACUCCUUUUCCUUCUCCGUCUCCGUCUCUUACUCUUACACCCAAUCCUCUUGAGACUGCUUCGGAAAGAGCAUCUUCCGUUGCUAGGAUUGGCGUUGAAGACGAGACGUCUGAUAUGAAGCAAGAAUGCGUUUGGCAAGGUACCCAAGAUAACUCUUGUUGCUCGCAUGAGUCUCCUUACUACGAGAUCAACCAAGGGUUAGCUACCUACGGCUUGCAAAUUUUAUCGAUCCAUGCUGUAUCGUGCGUCGAAUGUGGAGGUCUGCUGGAUGUAGAACAUGUCAAAUCACACAUGCAAAACGUUCACCAUGUUUUUCGCUUUGAAGAUGAGGUUGAAAACCUGUUUAAGCAGAUGAAUCACAUCGAUCUAAAGAGUCCAUCCACCGUGUCGAACGAGCGUUCAUCCUCAUGGGAGACGUAUCCGUGUAUAUUCGGCUUGCCUGUUUUGUUGAAUGGAUACGAAUGUACCAUUUGUUUUGAUAGUGGAGGAGGUUUUGUUCAUGGAAUUGCAGAUACGUUUUACCGUCAUGUCCGACGGCAUCAUGGGAGGACCGUGAAUGUCAAUGAGUGUAUGCGACGAGUUUCGUUGCAAACGGUGAAAAACAAAAGCUAUCAAAGACAUCGAUACUUUAAAGUGGAUUUCGCUCCCGUAGUAGGAGAAGAUAGAAAUCAUCAAUUGGAUUCGUUGAUUGAUUCUUGGUAUUUGGAUCGUGUGGACGAAGAUUCUGAUGCCGAUGCAAAUACAAAUACAUAUACAAACACAUACGCUAGAAAACGAAAUGCAACUGAAGAGUAUGGCGACGACAACGAUUCGGUGGAUGCUCGUCAAAAGAAUUUGCUAAACCAGCAACUGGGUUGGGGAGCCAUUGUCAAAGCACUUGGCCGUAACUGGCAAGGCUUGAUUGGAUGGCAUUACAUUGACGGAGCCAUAAACUCCAAGAUUAUCCUGGAAGAGUUGAUUCGGUAUUAUUAUAGAGGAUUUCAGUACUUGAAGUGGAUGAUGAUUGGCACGAGAAAGUGUUUACAGAAGGAGGAAACUACAGUGCGCAAGAGCGUGGCGUAUGCUGAAUUGCACGAGGCAUUAAAGUUGGCUUUUCUACGACAGUACGAAUUCUCGGAAAGUAUCCGCGACACAGAAAUCGUCAAGUUCUUGGCAUGCUUGUCUCUGCGUGACGAUGGAACGUCAAGGUAUGCGUAUGAAAUUUCGUCGUUCUUUGCUCCCUUGAUUUAUACGUGUCGUUUGGUCGCUGCCAGUGAAUUGCAACGGUUGGUUGAGGAAGGAAAAGUCACACUGUCUUCUAUACCAGAGUUUCAUACGGCUGGUUCCUUUGCAUACACACACGUGUUUCGCUAUAUAUCUCUGGGCAAAAGGAAUAUCUACGACAUUCUGUAUGAAGCCAACAAAAUCGUACGUGAUGUGACUAGGACGGAGGGGUAUGCGAAUACCUUGGAAGGUCUGAACCCGUCAAGGGUAUUGUUUCGACCGGCGUUCAAUGCCAAAUAUACGAUUGUUGGGAGCCAUAUCAACAAUAUGGUUGUCUUGGACCUAAGUGAUCUGAGCCAUCUGUAUGAAAGCAUGUUUUCAAGGUUGCAAUUGCUCUUGGAGGAAUUAUGCUUUGGUGUGGAUAUGGAAAAGCUACUACCAAGUUCUUUGUUACAGUCAGUUGGUGACGAUAUUAACAAUAGCAAGCUGGGGUAUUCCUUUUUCAAAGAAUCCGUAGACAUUCGGAUGACGAGAAGUGUGCUGUUGCGAACGGUUUUGAAGAAUGAUGAACUUCGACAUCGAUUUUUGCCGCUUGUUUCCAGGGACGACUUUUACGACUAUUUUGAAGAGCUUACAUCGAUUCUUAAUUAUGAAACAAAGGCGACCAAGUUCAAUGAGCUGUUGUUUUGCUUGGUCUAUAUUUCGGCUGGACAACCGGCGAGAGCAAAAGAAAUGGUACAUUGGACGCUGAAGAAUUCAAAGUACAAAGCACGAGAGCUGUACUUGAUGUUUGGUCGUUUGAUGAUUUACAGCCGGUACGACAAGACGAGAAACAUGAAGUUUGCGGAAAAGCCAAUCCCUCGAUUCCUCCCAGAGUCUCUGUCAACAUUGGCCCUUCGAUACUAUGCACUAGUACGUCCGUUUCAAGCAUUCUUGAGCUCUGUGAAAACAGGAAACAAACAAGCAGCUGCUGUUUAUACGAAUGCUAUGUUUGUUGUGAAUGGUGGGAAACGUUUGGAUAGUGGGAUGCCUUAUCGAAUAUUUCCAAAGGUGACAUAUGAAUGCCUUGGAAAGCGUUGGGAUUUCGAAAUUACCGACAUAUUGCUCAUUACUUUAAAGAAAGAACUCUCUGGGAUUCCUCCUUCACAGAUCUACGUUCAACUUUGCCGUUGGGCAUUAGCCCAAUUCUGUGGACUGAGUGCAAAGUUUCGGUCCAAGAACAAUUUCAUUCAGUUUAUUUUCUGUGCAAGGUCAGAAGAAUCUGAUUAUUGUUCUUCCUACAGCAUCGGGUAAGUCAUUAUCAUUUCUGUUGCCAGCCUUGAUUGAUAAACCAUUCGACCAAACAAUACCACAUUGGUUGUUGUACCCGCGAUAUCCUUACGUGAGGACAUGAUGCGAAGAGUUAACGAAACAGGACUUGUCGAAUGCACGAAUACUUGGACUCAGUACAGGAACCAACCCGUGACUCCGCUUUAAAACUGCCCGACCUGUUUAUCCUUACGUACGAGUCUGCACUGUCCAAUUCUGCAUUGGCAUUCUUUGAGAGUCUUGGCGUUGCUGGUCGCUUAGCUCGUGUUGUUGUGGACGAAGCCCAUAGUCUGUUGACGGAUAGUACUUGGAGAAACACUUUGCUACAGGCACCAAGAUUGUCGGCAUUGUUUGCACCGAUUCAUCUGUUGAGCGGAACGUUUCCACGACCGCUGGAAACUCGUGCUAGCAAAACUUUUGGUGCUACGUUUACCGUUGUGAGAGACAUAUCGACAGCGCGACAGAAUCUAUUCUAUCUUUUACGUCCGCUAGUGGCUAAUGCGUUUUGAACGAGUUGAGCGUCUUGAUGGAAAGAGCUAGUGUCUAUGAGGGCGAUGGUCGUGUGAUUGUGUUUUGCCAAAAAAGCACGAAGUGGAAUACCUGCAACGAAAGAUUCAACGGUCGGAUCUUUCCCUUGUACAGAUGCCACGAUUUACACGGGAGAUUUAGAUGAAGCGGAACGAAAAAGUCGUUUGAAAGUUUCGCAACCCGAAUGGUAGGACACGAAUCAUGGUAGCAACCAAGGCGUUUGGUCUUGGGAUCGACUAUGGUGAAGUGCGUCUGGUAGUGCAUUAUGGAUUACCGAACUCGUGUAUGCAGUACGCUCAGGAAACAGGGCGAGCGGGAAGAGAUGGUAAGUAUGCUAUUGCAGCUCUUUUCUACCAGGAACACGAUUCUGUGUGGUCCAAGCAUGUGGACGAGUCGAUGAAGAUGUUUAUGAAGGACAAGACGAUGUGUGUGCGUUCAUACUUUGCAGCAGAGAUGGAUGGGGAUAGUGAUUGUUGUUCUUCAUUUGAGAAUUGUGUAUAUUGUUCUAGGUGUGCACAGAUGUUUCUUGGUGAGUCAGCAAUGAUAAAUAUUCAUGGAUCAAACUUGGGGAACGGAGGAAAUCGUACGAUCGAUGGAAGUACUAGCGAAAAUGCUCGUACAGCAUAUAGUUUCUCACCAAACAUGGGCGUGAGCAUGAGUAAGGGCAAUGGCAACGGCAACGGCAACGGCAACGGCUUUUUGGAAAGUUCGACGCCAAAGCCAAAGUCAAAGUCAAUAAAAGUUGGACAUACACAGUCUUUUUCUUCCGAGAAGGAAAAGGAAAAGGAAAUGACAACACCCAAACUUGUUUCUGCCAGUACUCCAGAGUUGAGUAGUG